CCCUGUGCUAAAGAUGGGCUCGCACGCUCGCAUGUCAGCGGAGAGGGGCUCAGUGUCCGUCAGCGCACCGAACGGCGCACGCUCUGCCGCGCUCCCCGCAGAAACGAAAGCGUGCAGAUGGAAUGUGACCGGGCAACAUUGCGCUCCCAUUACAAUCCGGAUUUAGUCAAAUCCUCCACCGACAGUGAUAUAACAAGAGCGCAGCUGUAAUCGGCUUCUCCGCGCGAGGAACACCCCAUCGCUCCGCUCUCGUUCCAGGUCUCUUCACCUUGUCUGUGGACGACAUCCUAUUGUAGACUGGACGCGCUCAUCUGAGACGCGUAGUACAGAGUGGGGGAAUUCGAAAUAUAUAAAUACCAGAUUGUUGGUUUACCUAUAGCAAUCCAUUCUUUCCAACGCCGAUUUUUUUUUCUCUGUACGACUACAACAUCUUUCAAAAACAGACCAAGGAAUACAUUUUUGUAGGUGAAUAUUUUUCGGCCAGACUGAGCUUUUUGGAGAUCACAUGUUCUUCAGUCUCUACUGAUCUAUGCAUCAUGAGCACUAGUGCAGUACCCUACCCUCAGGGCUCCGCCGGCAGCAGCCGAGGCUCCGCCCCCAUCCACUGCUUCCGCUGCAGAGAGGUGUGCAAGGGCGAGGUGGUCCGCGUGCAGAGCGUCCACUUCCAUGUCAAGUGCUUCACCUGCCACGUGUGUGGCUGUGACCUGGCCCGUUCCGGAUUCUUCCAGAAGAACGGCGAGUACAUCUGCACGGCGGACUACCAGCGCCUGUACGGCACCAAGUGCGACAGCUGUGGAGACUUCAUCACGGGCGAGGUGGUGUCCGCGCUGGGCCGCACCUACCACCCCAAGUGCUUCGUCUGCAGCAUCUGCAGGAAGCAGUUCCCGAUCGGAGACCGGGUCACAUUCAACGGGAAGCAGUGUGUCUGCCAGCAGUGCUCCCACACGCUCGUCAACGCUAACGAGCCCGUCAAGAUCCACGGGCCCAGCCAGUGCGCAGGCUGUAAAGAGGAGAUAAAGCAUGGUCAGUCCCUGCUGGCGCUGGAGAAACAGUGGCACGUCAGCUGCUUCAAGUGUCAGACGUGCAACACCGUGCUGACGGGGGAGUACAUCAGCAAGGACGGCGUUCCCUACUGUGAGUCGGAUUACCACGCCCAGUUUGGGAUCAAGUGUGAGACGUGCGACAGGUACAUCAGUGGAAGAGUGCUGGAGGCCGGCGGAAAGCACUACCACCCCAGCUGUGCACGCUGUGCCCGGUGUCAUAUGAUGUUCACGGAAGGAGAGGAGAUGUACCUGACAGGGUCAGAGGUGUGGCAUCCACUGUGCAAGCAAGCAUCACGGACAGAGAAAAAGCUAAAGCACAGACGCACCUCGGAGACCUCCAUCUCCCCCCCUGGCUCCAGCAUCGGCUCUCCCAGUCGAGUCAUCUGCUCUCUGGGAUCACUGUCUCCGUACUCUCAGGACAUCUAUGACAGCAUGAGCGUGGACCUUCGGCUGCGGCGUUCCUCCAGCCCCGGGUACAUCGACUCGCCCGCGUACAGCCGCCAGGGCAUGUCCCCCACCACGCCCCGCUCCCCCCAGCACUACUACCGCCCGGGCACGGAGAGUGGCAGGAGUUCCCCUUACUAUGGUCAGCCUGAGGCAAGGUCCAGCACCCCCACUACCUUCCAGGGACCCAAGCAUUUCCAUGUGCCAGCGACAGGAGAGUACAACAUCUACAGACGGCCUCCCAUCUAUAAAAGACACGCCACGAAAAGCAAGACCAGCGAUGACAUCCUCCAGUCCUCCCAGUUCUCCGCCCCCUACUCUCCAGACCACCCCCACCCCCCUGACUCUGACUACUACCACUACACCGGGUCCCCCAAAGCUCCUCGCGCUCGAAGGUUUUCAUCAGGUGGAGAGGAGGAUGGAUGGAAUCACAGCAUGAACAGAGUCCAGGGUGGGAUUGGAAGGAUGAUCCUGAAGGAGGAAAUGAAAGCCAGAUCAGGUUCCUACGACAACGACCCCUGGGCCAGCUCACGCAAUUCCCGCAGCGGCAGCAAGGAGGCGCUGCACAACAGCGCCAUAAAUGGCUCUCCUCGAUCGCAGUACAGUGCGGACAGUGACUCCUUCAUCUCCGGGACAACUUCCUUGCCAGGGUAUGGCAAGAACGGCCUACACAGGCCACAAAGUGCUGAUUAUUAUGAGUAUGACAGUGGCAACGCGGUGAACUGGGGGAUCAGAGAAUACAAGAUUUACCCAUAUGAGGCGCUGAUAGUGACCACUAGAGGGCGAAACAGACUGCCAAAUGAUGUAGACAGGGCAAGGUUAGAGCGUCACUUGUCACCGGAGGACUUUUGUAAGGUGUUUGGGAUGACGAUGGCGGAGUUCGACCGGCUGGCUUUGUGGAAGAGGAAUGAGCUGAAAAAACAAGCCAGGCUGUUUUAACAUCGCAGAGGAGCUCUUGGUUCUUUUCCUUUCUUCCAGCCCAGACAAUCGGAGCGCGUCCGGUCCCCGGACUCACGUUUUUACCGUAGCUCCGAGAAGUGAAGCCUCCCUGGCCCAGCCACGAGCUGGGGCUCAAGGUCAGAGAGCUCCGAGAGAAGCCGCCAUGGAAACAAGCACAGCAGAAAGAAUUAUGGGAAAGAUAUUUAAAGAGUUUUUUUUAAUCCCUUGCAGUAUCGUAUAUCUGUUUUACGUUGGUUUCGGUUCAGGUCUGCUCGCCUCUCCUGGUCCAGCUCAGAGCUCGCUGGAGACGGGUUGUGUUCUGCCUUAUUUCCCGAAAGGUUAAAGUUGUGCACCAGCAAACCGUAUGACUAGAAUGUUGACCGCAUCUCAGUCACUUGGAUCGAAUGUUGAAAAUGCAGGAUUGACUUUAUUUUAAACCAAAUGCUUCAACAGUUAUGAAUUUGAAUAAAAGUUAUUAUGGUGUGUCGUUCCACUCCCCCACCCCUACCCACAACACUGCCAUUAUAUUUCAUAACCCAUAACAGGUUUGUGGUUGGCCUGGUGUAUUCUGGAAUAGUGUACAGGUGUGCAGUCUACAGUUGAAGGUUGUGUUCCGCGUGAUGUGAGAUUUUGCUUUAACGAGGAUGCAUACCAAAGUAACGAAGAAGAAAGUAUGAGACAAGAUGUAUUUCCAAAGUGCACAUCACAACUGCUCAUAAAUGAUUUGUUUAAUGUGUGGAAUUUCU